AUGGGUUGUAUGAACACAGCAAAACAACGCGCCAAGAAGGCCAAAAAGCUUAAAGAUCUCGAAGUGUCAGCAUUCUCAAGGGCUAAGAGAAUCAUUCCAGAAUCAGGAGCCCUAAAGACACUAUGGGUGAAGCAGUUUUUUGACAUCCUUCUAAAAGAUGUACCAGGAGAAAACUUUGCAGAAUCAGAGGAAAGCACUGUGCAGAACGUUGUAGCUGCAAUUUGUCUGGGCCUCUCAAAUUCUGAGAAUUGGGCUCUUUCGCACAGUGCCACCAAGACUCCUCGGAUCUGGUCUAUAUGGUCUACCCUUUGGGGAAUCAGCAAACACAACAAAACUCGGCGCCAUAGAUCAAAAAAGAGCCUCAUAUCUCAACUCCAAUUCUGGAUGCCGCUCAAAUAUCGGGUGGCGCGAACUACAAACCUCGGGCAUGGUAGCGUUCUGGACUUUGAUGUUCUGUACCACACUCAUGGCAACACGCUAUUCUUGUCUCGCGAAGUCUAUCGAGAUGGUCUUAAAUAUGAUGAGGAAGAGAUGAGAUUAGCUGAAAAAGAAAAAUUAACCAAUUUGACUUGGUCUUUGGUGCAUCAUGUAGAGCAAGGUCAGCAUCAUGUUUCCCCUAUACUACAUAGUCUUCUAAGCUUCCACGUGAACUCAGACCGCCCAAGCCUUUUGGUAUGGGUCAAGAAUGGUAUGAUGCUGUAG